AGCACACAUCGCUUCUUCACAUACUGUUAAAAGAGCUUCUCCACUCCCUGUCCCGACACCUCAGGGUAGCUUGGAGUCGGCAGACCACCCAAGGGCUCAGGAGACUUCACACUGGGAGGCCUGAGUGGGUGAAUGCACUUGAAGGAUGGCCAUGUUUUGGAAAGCAAUGUCAGGUGGACUGCUGCUCACUUUGAGCCUCACUCUGCUGGGGUGGGGAGCCGAGGGGCAGGGGAACGGACGGGAUAAGAAAGAAAUAUCAGGCGGGGCCAUCUUUAACCUUGGACAGGACAGAGACAUCUGGAGGCCGCUGAUCGACAUAACAGUCAACCUCACUGAGGUCAGGAGUAUUAAGUCAUCAUUUCAGCUGCGGACGUAUGACCCAGAAGGUGUAGUCUUCUAUGGGGACACCAAAAAAGGGAAGGACUGGUUUGUUUUGUCACUAAAAGACGGAAGACCUCAGAUGCAGAUCAGCAGAAAAGACAUGCUUGUCAGUGUGGCAGGUGGCCCCAAGCUCAACGAUGGGAAAUGGCACACACUGGAGGUGAGCAACGAUGGGAAUUUUGUAAUUUUAGAGGUGGAUGGCUCCAAUGGGCUGGUGGUGAGCCUGGCGUCCAAAGACAUGGAGGAGGUCAUUGUAGGUGAACUCCGACUGGCCCUCGGCGGGAUCCUGAUCGACGAGAAGAAGAUGGCUGUUCAGUUUGUGCCACACAUGGACGGUUGUGUGCGGGGAGGCAGCUGGCUGAACUUAAGCCUCCCCUGGGAGGCAGACGUGGACGAGCUCUGGCCUUGCUUUCAAAACAUCCAACCUGGCAGCUUCUUCCCUGGCACUGGAUUGGCCAUUUUCAACACCUCAGUUUUCCCCAUUGAGGAAUUGAAUGGGGUGAAUAUUGAAUUGUGGGGAGAUUUCAGUCAGCUGGAUGGGACCAUUUUGAGCAUCAGGGCUCCUGGGCAAGGGUUGCUGUUCACUUUAGUGGCCAAUAAUAACACAAAGGAGGUUACAUUCAACUGCAGAGAUGGUGAAGUCCGUAUCAGAAACACUUUCAAGAGACUGGUGAUAAGCUGGCAGACAGGUUAUAUACGCUUAAUUCGAGAUGGAUCAAGGACCAAUCAGAUAAUGCCUUCCAAUCAAGUGAGCCAACUUGGUUAUUUGGCCCCAUGGAGAGAGGGCCAUAUUGCCUUUGGUGGUCUCCUAGGUGAAGGCGAGGACAACAUCGGCUCCCAGUUCUUGACAGGCUGUCUGGAGAAGAUCCAGGUCCAACAGAAGGAUUUGGACCUGGAUUUAGCUCUCAAACACACGGCAAUGUCCUCUCACAGCUGUCCAGCAUAAACGACUGAAGUCUGCAUAUACUGUAUGUGAACUAUUUGGCAGUCGGUACAUUUAUUAUUUUGCUUCUAGGUCAAAAUGACAUAAAAAUGCAAAGUAUGUAAAGAAUAGAGACUGAAUUGUGCAGGCUUCUAAAACACAUUCUGUUGUCAAAUGUGGUAUUUGUACCAGUUACCCUCUAAAAUAUGAACAAUUUACAAUAAAAUAUUAAUGUUUAAUAAAUGUCUCUCCCACUAUACAACAGAAUAGCUGAGUGAUAUUCUGACUUUGAUGUGUGCAACAAUAUGUUUUAUGAAUAAAAUAGGAUUGCUUUUAA